UGUUUGUUUCUGUUCUUUAGCCGUUUAGUAAGCGGUUUUGAAUGAAAUAUGGUAAAAUGUUUAGUGUGAAUAUGAAGUUGAACGCCUUCACUUCAGUUUACUGCAGAACACAUUCUACACAUACAUAUCCCUGUACACAUAUGGCACAUUGGCUCAGUGUCAGCGACCACCUGUAAGACAUAUUGAAUCAAAAGUUCUUCACGUAUCAACUGCAAUUACACGAUGCCGCUGUCCCGAUUUGCACACUUAUUAUGGCUUAGCUGUAUAAAGACAGCUUUUAUCGCUACACUGCUUAUGCGGACAACUAUAGCCACAUCACCAGCAUCAUCAGAUUCUUUUGUUGGCCGCAAUAAGAUAGUCUACAAUCCCAGCCAACUCUCGGACGCUCAUUUACUGGAGUACAGCAACCUAUCAGACGGCCAACAUUUGAAAGAAGCUGUUAAGAAUAUAUCAAUACCACGAGUUGUGGGCACACCAAAUCAUGGAAUCGUGCGUCAAUAUAUUGUGCAGAGUCUGCGGGACUUGGAUUGGAAUGUGGAGCUGGACAACUUUCAUGACACAGCGCCCAUUAUGGGCAAUUUACACUUCAGCAACAUUAUAGCAACACUGAAUCCCAAUGCUGAGCGAUUCUUGGUGUUGGCAUGCCAUUAUGACAGCAAGUACAUGCCGGGCAAGGAGUUUGUGGGUGCCACGGACUCCGCUGUGCCCUGUGCCAUGCUCUUGAAUUUGGCCAAGGUGCUGCAGGAGAAGCUUAAGCCAUUCCAGAGCACUAAGCUUAGUUUGAUGCUGUUGUUCUUCGACGGUGAGGAAGCAUUUAAGGACUGGGGUCCGACCGAUUCCAUAUAUGGUGCCCGACACUUGGCCAAGGUCUGGGAGAAGGAGGGCAAAUUGGAUCGCAUCGAUAUGUUGGUGCUGCUCGAUUUGCUGGGUACACCAGAUCCCUCCUUCUACAGUUUCUUCCCCAAUACGGAGCAAUGGUAUAUGCGUUUGGUGGAUCUGGAAACACGUCUCUCGCAGCAGCACCUCUUUGAACGCUAUAUGAGUAGCGGAGUGGUGCAGCACGAUCCAUCCAGAUAUUUUCAGCCGCAGGCCUUGCGGAACAGCCAGGUGGAGGACGAUCACAUACCCUUCCUGCGGCGCAAUGUGCCCGUUGUACAUUUAAUUCCCAUUCCCUUUCCCAGCGUAUGGCACACAACGGACGAUAACGAACAGAUGAUCGAUUAUGCGACCACAAACAAUUUGGCUCUCGUUAUACGGCUCUUCACGCUCGAGUAUCUGCUAGGCGGCGUUGCAAAAGCCGCGUAAAAUCCCUUUUUGACUAUCAAGCCUUAUCAUACUGACCUGUCUGAUACGCGGUAUCGUUGCUGUGGCAAAUAAUAGAAUAAAAAUC